CUUGUGUUUGCGGAAGGGGCUGCUUGAUGUCUGUUUCCACUGGGUGGAGACACAAGCGGCGGUUCCCUAGAAGCUGCUCCAAGUUAACAUCUGCUGAAGGUUGGGGCGGGAGAAGGAGGGCAGCAUGAGUGCCAAAGAACCGCUGCUGGGAACGCUAAAAGUAUGUAUCCUCAACCUUCAGGGGAGCAGCAGCCCUUACACAGACACCUCCCCACACUUACAGUCCUUUUGUGAGGUCCUGGAAAUGAUCCUUCGCAAAGGAAUAAAACAGCCCGUUCUGGGGUUCAAGAGAAAGGACUAUUGGCACUGGCUGGAACAGCUUCCGCAAGUAACCCAUCCCAGCAUGACCCUCCUGUCAAUGAUGAUUGAGAAAACUAAUUCCUGUGAGAAGGUGCUGACAGCACAAGGACGAGGGCGGUACUUCCUGCGCCUGGCUUUGAAUAGGAAGUUACUAGCUGUUGCUGUUAAGCAGUUGAUCAGAUCUUCCAGGCUGCUUGAGUGGUAUGAUCCAAUGACCUCCAUCCUAGGCAAUGAAGACUUAUCUGAGCCUUUCCUCUCUCUGAUGCUGGUGGUGACAGAAAUGAAUUUCUCCCUAGAUUUGCAGAAUUCCAGUUUCUUGGAUGAAAGCUGGCAACUUCCGGUGUGCCUGACCUACGAAACUGUCCCCUGCAGGGAGCUGGGAAUGGUGCUCAGAUAUUUGGAUGGACGGAUUUUCAUCGUUAAUGUGCUCCCCCAAAGCCAGGCAGCAGUGGAUGAGGUGGUGCUGGUUGGAGAUGUUAUUGAUGAGAUAAAUGGAUCUUCACUGAGGAACGCAUGCAAUGGACAGGCUGGGACAGUGCUACAGAAGUACAAGGGCAAGCCUCUGAGCUUCCGCCUGAUCCGCUGGAAGUGGCAUGAUGGAGGGAUGUACAAGCCGCUUCUCCCCUACCUGAAAAUCCUCCAGGAGAAAAUCCCCAGCUUCCAGCUCCAGCAUGAGCACACGCACAAGGAAAAGAAAGAGGACCGGUGCUUGCAGGGGGGCAGGCUGCUGUACAACCUGCGGUACUUAGGCCACGUCAAUGUAGGAAAGUAUGGAAGCAAAGAGGUGUUAGACCAAGGCAUACCUAUGGUUUUAGAGAAACGUUUGCCACGACAGGAGGUUUUAUUUGAUGUCAAAGAAACAGAAGUCGUUGUUCAAGAGAAAGCUGCUUCAAAGGUUCUGUUUCGUUACUCUUAUACAGACAUUUCCUGUGUGGGACGGCGUCUGGACAGCAACAAUCUCUUCGCCUUCUGCACUGUGGUUUCACCUGAGUCUUCGGAACAAAGCACCUUCGACUGUCUUGUAUUUGAAUCAAACACUGAAGAUGAAAGUGAGGAAAUAAUAAGAAGAAUUGCUGCUGGAUUUAAACACACAGAAUGGUUUGUCUGAUUGAGAUGCAUGAUGCUCUGCUUCUGGGUUUCUGCCAAUGACCUACUUUUGGAGCUGAACUGGCAUGCAAAAGGGCCUAGUUUCAGUCAGUGAUACGCUGCCAGGCUUGCGCUUGGAUUAAGGCGGCACUAUGAAAGGAUUAAAACUCUACACUGGAAAUAGUAUUUUGGCUACCUCCUACAACAGAAGACUGAGUUUUUACAAGUGUUUUCUUUUCACGUUUAUACGGACAUUUGCAGAAUUUGGAAUAAAAUCAAGCUGAAGCCA